UUUUUUUUUCACUCUUUCUUCCCUUCUCUUUUCACGGGUAAAAGAUCAACUCUUUUUUAUAUCCUUUUCUUCCUUUCUAUCUAUCGCAACACACUAUGGCUACUGCUGUUCAAUAUCUUCGUGAUCAAGUAACCAAAGAACUUCAAGGUUCUGUCACCAUCGUUGGUAAGUGGAAGGAGUUGUUUCCGAUUUUACAGUGCCAGACAAAGAAAAUUCAUGCAUGCAACUUUAAAACAUGAUGAAGUAAUGAUUUGAUUUUAGUUCGUCUACUAACUUCAUAUACUCGCUCGUUUUAACAUAGUGCUCGGUGCUUCGGGUGACCUUGCCAAGAAAAAAACCUAUCCCGCUUUAUUUGGACUUUAUCGUAAUGGCUUCUUACCCGAGAAUGUGCACAUUACUGGUUAUGCACGUACCAAAAUGGAACAUGAAGAAUACAUCAAUCGUGUGACUCAAUUCAUCAAGUUGAGAAAGAAUGAAGAAGAAGAAGAUCGAAAGAAGUUAGAAGAGUUUAAAAAGAUCACCAAUUACAUCUCUGGACAAUACGACCAAGAUGCUUCUUAUCAAACGUUAAGGGAGUAUAUUGAAAAGUGUGAAAAUGAACGAGGUGUGAAAGACGGUCAAAGAAAUCGUGUAUUUUACAUGGCCCUUCCUCCUUCCGUUUUUAUCCCUGUCGCUCAAGGCUUAAAACGUAAUGUAUACACAACCGAAGGUAGUGUGCGUUUAAUUGUCGAAAAACCUUUCGGUAAAGAUACAGACAGCUCCAACCAUUUGGCCCACGAAUUGGGUAAACUCUUCAAAGAAAAUGAGAUCUAUCGUAUCGAUCAUUAUCUCGGUAAAGAAAUGGUCAAAAACAUUAUGAAUUUACGUUUUGCCAAUGUGCUCUUUGGACAUGCUUGGAACCGUACCUAUAUCGACAACGUACAAAUCACUUUCAAAGAACCUUUCGGCACAGAAGGUCGUGGUGGUUAUUUCGACGAGUUUGGUAUCAUUCGUGAUGUUAUUCAGAACCAUUUGCUUCAAGUCUUAACCUUGGUUGCUAUGGAGAGACCUAUCUCUACAGAUGCGGAAGCUAUUCGCGACGAGAAGGUAAAGGUUUUAAAGUGCAUUGAACCUAUUCGUAUUGAAAACACGUUGUUGGGUCAAUACGUCGGUGAUGGUGAUAAGCCCGGAUAUAAAGACGAUGAAUCCUUGAAGGAUAAGGACAGUUUGACUCCUACUUUUGCUGCUGUUGCUUGCUUCAUUAACAAUGAGCGCUGGGAAGGUGUUCCUUUCAUCUUGAAAGCAGGUAAAGCCCUCAAUGAAGCCAAGGUCGAGGUCCGUUUACAAUUCCACCGUGUCGCUGGUAACCUCUUUGGCAGUUCCGCACGUAACGAGCUUGUCAUUCGUAUUCAGCCUAACGAAGCUGUGUAUAUGAAAUUCAACAACAAACAACCUGGUUUAUCUUAUCAAACAAUCACAACAGAUUUAGAUUUGUCUUACCAUGAGCGUUAUACAGAUUUGGCUAUCCCCGAUGCUUACGAAUCUUUGAUUUUAGACGUUUUGCGUAACGACCAUUCCAACUUUGUUCGUGAUGAUGAGUUGGAAAGAGCUUGGAAGAUCUUUACACCAUUACUUCAUAAGAUUGAUAACAGAGAAUCAGAUGUCGAGAUUAAACAUUAUCGCUAUGGUUCAAGAGGUCCUAAGGAAUUGGAUGAUUUCGUCAAGAAAUUCGGAUAUCAUCGUGAAAAUGCCAACUACGAAUGGCCUCGUCAAAAUGUCAAUCCUGCUUCUAACAAGCUUUAAAAGAGAAAUUUCGAAAUACAUACGCACACUACAAUACACACACACAUACACAUACAACAUACUCUCUGUCUCUUCUCUCUCUUUUUCUUUUUCAAUACCUUGUAAAAAAACUUGUCUCUAUUCCUAUCUCAUGAAGCAUACAUCAUUUCAUUUUUGCUGUACACAUUUUUAAAAUCUCGCAACUCGGCUUUAUAGCACCAUAUCAUCUAAUUUGAAACAGAAGGAUUGUCAUGCUGAUCCCUAUUUUUUAUAUAAAGGUUUUUUUUUUACUUUCAGCAUAUUGUUUACGAUUUCUCAUUUUAUUAAUAAGUGUGGCAGAUGAACUUUGGAAUGCAUUAUAAACUUAAAAUGAGC